AAUUGCUAGCAUUUAAAUCUUACAAUUAAUUAAUGAAUCUUAGAUGAAAAUAAACAUGCAUAAAAAUACACGGUGAUUUUAUAGAAAGUUUGCAAUUUUGAAAUAAUAAAUAAAAAUUUUUCAAUUGAGAACGACCAAUGCAAGAAUACUAUUUCAUCGCUGAUAUUAUUAUUUGUAAUAAUAUUGCGAUAAUGUGGUAAUUUUUUUUAUUUUCACAAGUCGAUUCGCGAAAUGUCCGGAAGUCACAAGCGAUAUAUCAGAUGACCCAGAUGAUCUGAUCUUCAGACCACACGAUUACUUUUCCUUUUGUUAAAAGGAAUGUUUGGGAAGAUAAAUUUGAUUUAGAAUAUCGUUUUGAGAGCAAUCGUUGAUUUUCUAUUUUGUAUAUCGCGCGAAGAGAAUGAGUCAUCCACGGUACAUUGCGUCAAGUUGGAAAAGGACGUGGGACGUUCAUUCAAUGCGACAAUUCACACGAUACGGGACACAACGAUUCAUUCUUCUCCUUUUUUUCUCGUUUUCUUUUCUUCGUUUCUCGUUGUAACGACGAUUGCCCGUUGCGCACGUAGGGGACAUUGCUUCUUCGAAGAGCUGCCAUUCGGAGAGGAGGUAACGUUCGUUGGCACGGGUAAACGUAAACUCGCUUCCGAAUGCGACAUUAUUGUCAUUAAUCGCACGUGCUCCUCUUUCAUUCACGCCGACUCCCACCCGUGAAUAACACGAUAGAAGCGUUUACAUUCACGCCGCGGUUGGUCGGCGCCGAUGGGCCGGCGACGCCGUCGCCAUCCCGAUUGGCCACCGCUUACUCCCGACGUACUAUACGAGAGAACGAGAGGAAUCGCGAGAGACGAUCGCGAAGCGCUAUGAAUAGAACCAAAGUCCCAGAUGGUACAAGUGUUUCCUUGACUCAUCAUCAUGCAAAUGAUGUUAAUUAUUAUGAUACAACGAUCAACAAUAGUGAUAAUAUAAGUCCUCUGGAAAAAUUUUAUCUUAUCACUCAACAGAAGUGGCAUAAGGAUACAUUAGUGCCAAUCUCCUCAUUGCCCUCUACGAAGGGAAUGCCUACGAGAUCUCAUCACAGAAUCCGGCAGUCCGUGACAGGACUGGAUGAUGCUGGAAUGGAUCUCCAAGUGACUCAACUCAAUAAUCCGGCAGACGAGGAAAUACAUUCCAGGACGACUUUGUCAUGGCUAGAUUGGCAUUUGUCUCACGUUUUAGCGCUUUGUGUAAUCGUUGGCAUUAUAUUCCUACUCUUGUUAUGGCUGCGAAAACAAAUGUCGCGUGAAAAAGAUAACGAAGAUGGCAGUCGGCACGGCCUGGUCGAGGAAGGUGCCACUAGUCAGUCGGAAAAGUUAACUAAAGAUGUAAAAGAAUCUGUGGAAGCAAAAUGGGUUCACGAAGCAUUCACGAAGCAAUCUGCACCCUCCUACCCGGUACGACCGGUUCCCCAAACCUCUUUACCCGAGAUGAUGUCUACGGCAAUAGCUGAGCGUAAACCGGAAGCGAUACGUAUGAAAGCAAAAGGAUUAUUGGAAAGACGUGGUUCGAGCACAAGUUUAACCAUAGAAUUGGCACCAGCUCCUGAAAGUCCACCACAUAUGGUUACUCCUACACGAGAAUGUACAACGGAAGAGUUUUUGUUAAGCGCGGGAAAUGUAUUGUCGAGAGCACAAUUGAAAAGAGUUGUUGAAGGUACGGGAACGUUGCACAAAGAAUUUUGGGAGGUGCCGUUAAAUCUGCCAGAAAAGGUAGACAUUUGCGGCUCAGGAGUGAAGAAUAGAUACAGCUCUGUUUUACCCAAUCUACAAACCAGAGUGGUUCUACCAGGUUCCUCCGAUGAUCCGCUCGCCGGUUACAUAAACGCUAAUUAUAUCCGAGGAUACGAUGGCGAAAAUGCUAGAUAUAUCGCGACACAGGGACCAUUAGCUAAUACGAUAGCAGAUUUCUGGAGAAUGGUCUGGACGGAAAAAGUUCCUGUGAUUGUCAUGAUAACUAGAUUGAAUGAAGCAUCCAAGCCGAAGUGCGAGACGUAUUUUCCCUUUGACGUAAAUAGUCGUGUACAAGCUGGAUCUUUCACUAUUAUAGUAAAUUAUAUCGAUGCGAGAAACGGAUAUAUCGUUAGAACUAUGGAGAUUCGGCACGAAGGAGAAAGGAGACAUUUGCAACACUAUUGGUACGAUUCAUGGCCGGACCAUGCCGUACCUCAAACCGCAGAUGCGCUCGUUAGUAUGGCCGCGGAGGUGAACACUUUACCAGGACCAGUGGUCGUCCACUGCAGCGCGGGUAUAGGACGAACUGGCUGUUUUAUAGCAAUAGGGAUAGGAAUGAUUCAACUAGUAAAAGAAGGAAAUGUCGAUGUAUUGGGUAUUUUGUGCCAGAUGAGAUACGACAGAGGAGGAAUGGUGCAAACGGCUGAACAAUAUGAAUUCAUUCAUAGAGCACUUUAUCUUUUCGAGCAGACGCUAGAGAGCAAACCAUCGACUUCGAGUGAUUAAAUGAAUCUAUUUAGAAUUUCUUUCGCUUAUUCUUUCUUAAAACAAGGCUUUAUUAUUGCCUAAGAGAAUGUCACUUCGCGCAGGGCUGUAUGUCUACCGUAAAAAAAGCGUAAAUUUCUAACGAAUCUCAAUGUUAGCCUGUGAACCGACGCUCUCAUCUUUAUCUCAAUAUUCGAACGAGUUGAAACUCGUUCUGUAAGCUGCCAUUUUCUACUGCCAUGACGAAUCGUUGACAAUUGAUAUCAAUCACAGAGCUCAAGAGAUAAAAAAAAGGGUUCACUGUCGGAGUGCAUUUUCUAAGCAGGUGCUUUUUAAAACUGAGAUAUCACAAAUAGCUUAAAUGGGACAAAAAUAUUUAUGUUUAUAAUAAUGUGCGAUCGAAAUCGUGCACGAGGCGUAUGCUUAAAAAUCAAGAUUAUAUUGUUUGAUUGAUUAUAAGUUAUGAGCUAGAAAUAAUCUCUGAGCGUGGGAAUAACGUAUUCGCAACUCGUAUCACAAUAUUUAGAUUUAUAUAAAAAUCGUUUAUUAAACUUGGAUUUAAUUAUUUGUACAUUCCUCGUGUAUUAGAAAAUAUUUCAUUACGUUCUAAUAAAAUUUUAAAUGCGCAAAAAUAUGUAGGAACAACUUCGCGACUGUAACAAUUGAUACUAGUACGAUACUCUUUGCUAUUGUCAAGCAUCUCACGAUGAAAUAAAUACAUGAUACAUACACUAAACUGUUAAAUCAACGUGUAAAAGCUAAAGUUAAUCGUAAUUACUUUAAUGGGAUAUAAUGUUAAAUGUGAGAUAAAUGUGAAAAA